AUGAAUGCCGAGGAAGUUCCAGAAUCAACAGAUUGUGCUGUAACAGAUAAAAUUCCAGAUGUAGAGGUCGCUAUUCCUGAAGAUCAUCCAAACGGUCUCUCUGACAUUGCAUCAAGCAAAUGGUUAAAAAAUCAAGAUUUUGUAAAUAAGAUACAAUCUACCAUGAAUGAGGAGACUACAGUAAAAGAUGUUAAGGAAAUGCUAUUGUUGUUGAAGAAGACGGCUACUACUAAAGAUGAUGAUUCCACCCUUGAUCGAUCAUCUGAAGGAACAACAUAUAAUUUUGACUGGAAUGCAAUCUAUGAAGUAUCUUCAAAGAUGAUUGAGGAAUAUUCUAAACAGAUUGAUGUCGUCUUUAGAGAGCUUGAAAAUGUGAAUAAGAAACUUGGAUACUGGCAAGAAGCUGGGUUUUCGUUUGAUGCCCAUCGGGGGUUAAAAAUUAUGAAUAACCAUGAAGAAUGGACGAAGCAAAAAGAAAAAUAUUUAUUAUAUCGCCAAAAACAGUUGGAUAGUACAGUAAAAGAGAUAGCAGACUCUGUGGGUCGUCUAGAAAAGGAAUAA